AUGCAACGACUUGUCUACCUUGCCUGCCUUAUCGCCUUCGCCGCCGCCUGUGAUCAACAGUGGCCGAACGGCACUGACAAAGCGUUGACAUGGUUCCCCUCGUGCAAAUCGCCGGUCACUUUCUACAAAGUAACAGCUCUUGAUUCGAAAGGAAAGGCUGAGUAUCCGAUCAAAUUGACUGAGCCGCUUAUCAUCCAAGCCGACUUAAACAACCCAAACAAUCAAUACGAUUCACCAAAUCUUUUGAGCACUGUAAACUUGUGGUCGUGGGGAAGCAGCGCUGGAUGCCAAUGGACUACUGUGCCCACAUUAAACUUGCUCAAGGAUCUUGACGCCUGCACAAAUGGUGUUCCUUGCCCAGUGAAAACCGGCCGUCAAAUUCUUCCAAUCACUUUGGAUUUCACCAAAUUCCAGCAAAUCAUUAAACUGUUGAAGAAUGACAAUCCCUACCAAAUGGAAAUGGUCCUUAACGAUAAGAAAUCGAAAGAUCAGACUUGUGUCAUCGCUCAAGCCAGAUGUCUCACAGUA